CUCGUUUUUGAACUCCCUCGUUGUCUGCAGCGUCUUUCUCCUUCUCAGAUUGCAAGCUCUGAGACGCCCUCGAGCUUUGCUGCUUCGAAUUCGGCUCCUUUUCUUCAGCUAAGAAGCAACAAAGACACAGCAACAGCAAAGGGAAAAAAAAAAAGGAAGAAGAACCCGCCUCAAUUCUGCGCUGCUAUACACACACCCGUCGCCAUCAUGGGGAUAAUGAAGCGACUAACGAAGAGUGUGCCUGGCAUCCUUUCCCCUUCGCCGCUAGAUGGCAGUCUUACCAAUGAAAAGGGGACGAUAAUUUCGAGAUUCGCUUUUUUUAAACGCCGCAUACGACUACGGAGGAACUCUUCUAUUUCGAUCCCUCUGGGCCUUGUUUUACUAUUUCCAUGCAUUGUAAUAAUCCUUAUUGUCCUCCUCUUCGUUACCCAUCCUUCCUCUCCCGGUGGGAUGCUGAUGCCCACUGGUACUCCUCCUUCUAUACGAAAAAUCAGCGAGAAAUAUGACAAAGUGUUUGAAGUAGGCUGCAGAGAAAUCGACACCAGCCAGCCUAGAGCAAACGCCGCUUUCGUCGUCCUGGCCAGAAACAAGGAGCUGGAGGGUGUAAUCCAGUCUAUGAAGUCGAUCGAGCGCCACUUCAAUCGAUACUACAACUACCCAUAUGUAUUCCUGAACGAUGGAGAUUUCGACGAUAACUUCAAGGAUACCGUCACCAAUUACACCAAAUCCAGCGUGGAGUUUGGCAAGAUCGACUCGUCAAUGUGGGGAUACCCUGACUGGACCGAUGCUGAGGUAGCCAAAGAGGGUAUCCGCAAACAGGGAGACGCUGCUAUUAUGUAUGGAGGAAUGGAGAGCUAUCACCACAUGUGUCGAUUCUACUCUGGGUUCUUCUAUAAACAUGAGCUGCUAAUGAAGUAUGAGUGGUACUGGCGCCUGGAGCCAGAGAUCAAGUACUUCUGCGAUAUCACCUAUGACCCUUUCCUAGAGAUGGCUAAGAACAACAAGACGUAUGGCUUCACAAUUGCCGUCAAGGAACUUAAAGAGACCGUGCCGAAUAUCUUCCGCUAUGCGUCUGCCUACAAACGAACGAACAACAUCACUUCCCAGGGUUUAUGGGAAAUGUUUCUCGAGGACCCCGUUGAGGAGGAAAAGCCGGCAGAAGAGAACAAUGCCCUCCCAGAUGAAAUUCUACAGACCCAGCCCGGUGCCGCCGGCCUCAAAGACGUUGAUCCCGAGGCAAUGGAAGGCGAGACGUACAAUAUGUGUCAUUUCUGGAGUAACUUCGAGAUCGCACGGUUGGAUUUCUUCCGUAGCAAGGCUUACGAAGACUUCUUCACGAUGAUGGAUAGGAGUGGUGGCUUUUGGAAUGAAAGAUGGGGAGAUGCACCUAUCCACUCUCUUGCUGCCGGCGCACUUCUAUCACCAGCUGACAUUCACUACUUCAGAGAUUUUGGAUACCGUCACACCACCAUCCAGCACUGUCCCGCCAAUGCUCCAGCCAGACAACGCGUUCGAGAUCCAUAUCUCGAACAAACCACUCUGGACCCAAAGCUUCGCCAAGAAGAGGACGAAUACUGGGACUCUCCAGAUCCACCCAAGGAGAACGGCGUUGGCUGUCGAUGUCGCUGUGAUACCGACAUCGUCGACGUGGAAGGCAAGCAUGGCAGUUGUCUAGCGGAUUGGGUUAAAGUUGCAGGAGGAUGGGCAUCGCCGUAGAUCAUCAACCACUACGCAACGGCCAUCUUCUCUUGCUUCUUUCUCUAUAUCUUUUUCCUUUCUCUUUUUUGUUUCUCUCUGCCGGCGCGACAUUGGCUAUACCCUUCUGCACACACCUACACCAUCGGGUCCGCAACGCCGUGCCACGAAGAUAUAUCAUGACUUGUCCUCCCUUACCCUUCCCUCUCCUUUUUUUUUUUAUAUCAUCAAGCCACCUUCGAAAUCCCGUCCCCUUUUUCUUCGUCAUUCCGUCUUAUAUCUUCCCCGGUAACUGUAUCUCGGGGAGGAU